UACUGGUUGUCCAACAUGUCUUGCCGCAUCCGUAUACUCUCGUCGGUAGUCUGUCUCCUGCUGCUGCUGCUGGUGUCCUUCACCCAGGCAGAGCUCCGGCGUCGCGCCUUCACCGGCGCAUCGGGCGCCACCGCCGCGAAUAAGUUCAGUUCUCGUGUCGUGGGCGGCGAAGUGUCCGACGUUAAAGCGGCACCGUAUCAGGUGUCGCUGCAGAACUCCUACGGAAAUCACUUCUGCGGUGGUGUCAUCAUUCACGAUCAGUAUGUGGUCACGGCGGCCAGUUGUCUGGCUGGUCUGCGCAAGAACAACGUGAAGGUUGUGACCACCACGUACAACGAUUGGGGUCUAGACGGCUGGGAGUAUGCUGUGGAGGAGAUCAUUCCCCACUGCAACUUCGAUCAGCCGCUGUAUCACAAUGACAUAGCCCUGAUUAAGACAAAGACGCUGUUCGCAUACGACGAGGUUACACAGAACAUUACAGUAGCACCACUGGAGGAUCUGGUCGAGGGUGAGAAGCUUACUAUGUACGGAUGGGGCAGCACUUCGGCUGCCGGCGACUUUGAGUGGGAGCUGCGACAGGUCGAUCUGACCUAUGUGCUCACAGAGAAGUGCAAUGCCACCUACGGGGGCACUGCGGAUCUGGAUCUGGGACACCUAUGCGCCGUGGGACGGGUGGGCGCUGGAGCCUGUCAUGGCGAUGCCGGAGGACCGCUGGUCGACAGCCAGGGUCGCCUCGUAGGCGUCGGCAACUGGGGAGUGCCCUGCGGCCAUGGAUUUCCCGAUAUUUUCGCUCGCCUUAGCUUCUAUUACAGCUGGAUACAGUCCACGAUCAACGGCUGCAGCAUUUCCUAAGUAAUAAAAUGUGUUCCCAUUUA